CUCGAACAUAACCAAGAAAAAAGUUGUAAAGAAAAAUAUUUAUUGUUUAUGAAGUGGAAUAUGUUUUUAAAAUCUAAUAAUAAAUUUGAUGAACGUUUUUAUUUGAUAUGGAGCAUUUUCCAAAUAGAAAAUAUAUUAUGGUUGGAGCUAGCCAUAGUUUGAAUCAAGAAUUUAAUCUAAAACUGCAUUUCUAGACAGUUUUAUAGUAGGUGAAUAUUAGAAAUGUAGAAGAUACAAGUGAACAGAAAUAUAUAUUUUUUUACAGUGAUAAAAAUGGCAAAUGACUUAAUAAUAAAAGGUAAAGAUAGAUUACAAGAAAUUAGCAUGAAAUUAGAACAGAGCCAUUUAGUUUAUCUACAAACAGAUGACAGUCCAUUAAAAUUACAACAACGUCAUAAACUUGAAGGUUUUAUUAAAGAGUAUCUUUGUUUUGUCCCAAAUGAAAAUAAAUAUAUAUUUCAAGAAACUGCAGAUAUAUUGCACAGAUCGGCAGCUACAUUGCAAGAUUUUAGUGGAUAUAGAGCUGCAACUGCCUGGAGUGCUAUUUCUUUAUAUGCUGCUAAUCUUUUAGCACAACCUUGGAGAAGAGAAUAUAGAACAUUAAGAACUUAUAGUGGAUAUUAUAAACAUGAAGUAGAAGCAAAUUUAAUAGGAGCAGAAUUAAUGUUUGAACAAAUGGGAUAUAAACAUACAGGAUUGGGAAUACUCACUUUGGAAGGUCCUAUUGAUCCUGAUAAAGUAUCCAGUGUAAGCAGAGAUGCAAUAGUUGCUUUUGUUGAAUGUCAGAUUUUGAAACAAAUAUGGGAGAAUGUUUCACAAAAUUAUGGUAUCUCGUGGUUAGAAGUCUUAGAAUUCCGAGAAAACCAUGUUGGUACACCAGAACAAGCAAUUAGAGCAUUAAAUUUUCGUUUCCUUGAGAAAAUGCAUCAAAGUCGGAAGACGGAAAAUUAUAGGGAUUAUCAUUAUCCGCAAAAUACAUGCGUAGAUGCAUCACCGUCUAUACCUUAUCAUAUUAUGCCUCCUAGUUAUAACAUACCAAUGCCUACUUGUCAGUCAGAUUAUAGAUAUAUCGAAAAUACAAAUUCAAUACCAGGAACAUACAAAUAUUUUCAAUCAGUGGAUCAUGGUUUUGGAAAUCGUUGUAGUGCCUAUGGUUGUUUACCACAUGGUAAUAAAUAUUUAACUGGAGUCAAUCCUUAUUAUACUACAAUGCCAGGAUAUACAAGAGUACCAACAGGUAGAUUAAUUGAACUUGAUAUGCCUGUUUCUGUUGCAAAUUACGAUAAACUCCACAAUCGGAAGAUACCCCACCGAAUAUCAAAUUUCGAAGAAAUAGAUUUUUAUAGAAGACAAUCUAAUGAUGGAGAUCAUUAUGAUUGUGGGAGAAUUGAUAAAAAGUCUGCAAAAUCAGGCAAUGAAAAAAACAAUUGUGAUUCUUGGGACUUUGUAUACAGAAAUUUAGAAAGUUUAGGCUAUUCUAAAGAUCUUGGUGAUCGAGAAGAUAUUUUACACAAACGAGAAUUUGAUUCUCGAUUGAAUAAACAAAAAUCAUUUAAACAAAACGAUAGGGAUGAAAUACAUAGUAUACAUCGUUUUGAAAAAAGAAAAUGUGGGAGAACUGAUAUGAAUGAAAUUGAUUCAUCUAUAACAAAUGGUCGACAUCAUCAUCAUGACACAUUACCUUUUAAAAAAAAGUCUUCUUCCUUUGACUUAAUGGAUUCUAAUAGAUAUCACGAUAUAUCUUCAGAAAGCCACUUAUCUUCAUAUAAUAAAGAAAAAAAACAUGGUAGUCAAACACUUCCAAUUCAACGUUCUCAUCGAUCAGUGGAUCAAAUUGUAAAAAUUGCAGACACAUUAAAAAAUUUAGAACUUUCUCAAAUAGAAACAGAAAAUGAGAUAAAAAAUGGAAGUAUGAAUUGGAAUUGUGCUACUUGCACAUAUCUCAAUUCUUCAUCAAAAGAGAUUUGUGAGAUGUGUGGAAAAUCUAGGCAUAAAGGAAAUGAAGAUAAGCCAUUAGCAAGUGGCGGAAAAGAAUGUCCACGAUGUACGUUAGUAAAUGAGAAAAAUGUGUCAAUCUGUGAUGCUUGUGGUAUCAGUUUAAAAGAUUCACCUACUUAUAUUUAGAUAUUUAACUAUUUGAAACAAAUCAUUACAUUAUUUUUUAUACAGUCAACGACAUUUGAUUAAAUAGUGAAAAUAUUUUAUUGAUAUUAUUUUAGAUUCAUCUUUAAAUAAUUAUAUUCUAUAUUCUAUAUUUUUAUUAUAAUUCUAAUGAAACUAUAUAAAUUUUAAGGAAUCAUUUAUUUAAUAAACAAAAAUAUUUAUGUUUUAUAGAAAAAAUUAUGCAUUAUUAAUUAUAUUAUGCAUAUAAACAUAUUAUGUUUUAUUAAUUAAUUGCUUUUAAUAAUUAUAAUAUAGAAAAAUUCUUAUCAUAGAAAUUUUUGUUAAAAAAUGAUAUAUAAAGAAAAAAUUUAUAAGAAAUAUAAAAAAUUCUGAAGAAAUACAAGAAAUUCGAAUGAUAAAGAAUAAAAAAAAGAGAAAUAUUCAAAUAAAAAGAUAGCUAGAAAAAUAAGUAAAAAUAAGUUUAUUAUUCGUUCUUAUUUAAAAAACGAAGAUAAUUAUAAGUAAUAGUAAAAAUCUAAUUGUACAAAGAAAAGAUAAGAUAUUUUCGAAUUUGAAUUGUAAUACAAAACAAAUUAUUGUAACACAAACAAAUUAAUGUUUCAAUUUCACAAUACAAAUUAUAUAAAUUGUACAACAAAAAACACUUAUUAUUAAAAGAGAAAGAAAAGAAAAAAGAACCAUGUUUGUUUGUCUACUAUAAAAUAAUAAAUUUGAAUUUCUAUGAAAUCACAUGAAUUGAAUAUUUAAAUAUUUUUAUAAAAAAAAUUUAAUUUAUAUGAUAGAUAUUUGUUUUAUUAUUAUGACUUAAAAAAGAAGGAAAAAAAUUUUAUCUUAUAGACAAUAUAAAAAAAUAUUUAUAUUUGAGUUAUUUAUAAAUUAUGAGAAGAUGGCAAAAUACAAAAAAUACUUUGAAAUAUUAAAAUAAGUUAAAGUUAAAAUUUUUAAUUUAAUGAAUUAAAUUUUAAAUAAUAUUAGAUAUUUCAACGAUGCUGUCUUAUAGCUAAUUAAAAAUUAUUAAAGGAAUAAGAAAUAAACUAUAUAAAUUGAUUGAUAUUAUUAUUGCAUUUUAAAUGUAAUUAAAAAUAUUUAUAUAUAUCUUAAGAAAUUUGCACAAAUAAUCAUCAAUUUCAAUCUCAUAAAUGCUAUAAAAAUUGAGGUAUAAAAAAUAUUAUAAUUUUAUCUAUAAUACUUUUAUUAAUAUAUAUAUUACAUAUCAAUAUCAAAUCACAUCUUUCAAAUUAUAAACAAAAAUAGUGGACAUAUAAAAUAUUGAUAAACUAUAUUUGUUAUAAAAAUAUUUUUUUUUAUUUUAUUUAUUAUUUUACUGUACAUUUAUUACACCUAUAUUAUUAUUCAAUAACAUAAUAUGUUUUUCUAUAAAACAUGAAUAUUUUCUUACUAAACUAAUUGCCUAAAAUAAAUGAUAUAAUUUUAAUAAAUAAAGUUUAUAAGUAUAGAAAAAUAGAAUAUAUUAAUUUGAAGUUUAAUUCAGAAUAAUAUUAAAAAAAUAUUAUUAUUUAAUUAAGUAUCGCGGAUUGUAUAUUUAAAAUCAAAGAAAAAGAAAUGGUGAGUAUAUUUCCUAGAUACUUGUCCUAAUAAAAAUAUUGAAAAUGUUUGAAAAAAAAUGUUAGUACUUAUAGUGCUAAUAAUAGCUAAUAUAAGUAAUAACAAUUUUUGCUUUUAUUUAGAGAAAAAAUUUCAAACUCUAUUAUUUUAUUGAUGAUUAUUAUUCAAAUUUAGAAUUUCUUAAAACAAAUAAUAAAAAUAUAAAAUUAUUUAUUUGAAGUUUUUUGAGUAGACUUAUGAUAUGGAUACAUUAAUAUUAUGAUAGUAUUAUUAUAUUAUGGUGGCCUAUUACUUGGUUAAAGGAAAAUAAAAAUGAACAUAGAUACUAUUUUUAAAUGAAAUUUAUUUAAAUGAAAUGAAAGAUUAAUUUUAAUGAAUAUUCUUUAUUAAUAUAUAAUUAUUUUUUAUUUUAAUUUACAGUUAGAAAGGUAUUAUUGACUUAAUUUGAUGAUAUUUGAAUAUAUAUAAAAAUUAAGUUAAUAAAAUUAUUACCAAUAAUAGCCUAAAUAGUUUAUAAUGUAAAAAAAUUAUGUAAAAAUUAUUUAUUAUAUACAACAUAUAUGUAUAUUGUAUCCAUAGCAAAAACUCAAAAACUUAUAUUUUAAAAAAAAUAAUUCUAUUGGAAUGUUAUUUAGAAACCAAAUGUUGAAGUAUAUUGUAUAAUACAUAUAUAUGUGUACAUAUAUACACAUAUAGUAUUGAUUAUAACUUAUUAAUUAAUUAUAACUUAUAAUUUUUAUUUAAACUUUUGUAACAGAAUUAAACAAAUAUUAAAUAUGACAAAAAAUGUUAUUAUAAUUAGAAAUAUUAUGUGUUAUUUUACUUAAAUUAAAGAAAAAAAGAAAUAUUAAUAUUAUUUGUCAUUUUAUGAUAAUUGAUCUUAUUGGAAAGAUAAAAGAAAAAUUGAUAUCAAUGUAUUUAUUAUUUAAAUCAUUUUUUAUUAAUUGGACAAUAUUGAUGUAGAAUAAUACUUGUGUACCUUUAGAAAAUAAAUAUAAAUUACGUGAUAAUUAAUAGAGUGCACAGUAUAUAGAUUAAUAAAUAUGUAAUUUAUAUCUAUAUAUUUUAUCAGUAUGCAAUUAUUUCAAUUUAAAAAUUGUGCAAUUGUUAAUUUUGUACUAAAAUUUAUUUAAUAUAGUUUAAUAUUUAUUUAUACAUUCCUAAUACAUCAUUUCAUGGAAUGAUAUAAUAUAUGUUGUUUUUAAAUUUUAUUUCUACAUUAUUCGAAUUAGUAUUAUGUAUUACUUAUUAUUUAUAAUCAAUUAAUUACUCUUACAUAUAAUGAUGUUAUACUUUAAUUUAUUGAAGUUGUUACAACAGAUUAAUUUUUUAAAGCUUUUAAAGUAUAAAUUAUAUUGCAAGAAAUAAUAUAAUGUUUUAAAACUUGUAAACAUUUUUUCAAAAUUUAUAAGUUAAUAAAUUUGUUGUUAUUAUCUUUGAAAUAUUCUUAAAUCUAAAUUUCAAAAUUUAUAACAAAUUUUAAAAUAAUAUAUUUAAUAAAAAAUGUUCCAUUCAAACAUAUAUAGACUGUUUGAAUAUAAAAAUGACUUUACUAAAAUCUACUUUUAACGUUUAUGAAAGUCUGAUAUUUUAAUGGAAAUAAGAGAAAAUAUCUAAUAUUUUUUCAUUGAAUGCACGUAGAAAAAAAAAACAUUUAAUAUAAAAAAAAAAUAAAUAUAUGUCGUACAAUAGCAAUUGUAAUAUAUUGCAAGCUAUAUGUACAUUGUAUUAUAUUCUAUUAUGUACAAAUAAAUAAUAUUUAAUAUAGAAAA